AUGGCAUCAAUACAUCCGAAUCGGCAUCCAGUCCGCGAUUUGUUCAGUGCUCAUAACUUUGACGUUGACAUUGAUAUUGCCUUACCUCCACCGCUCCAAAGCGCUUCUACGACUUCAUCAGUGGGUUCAGUGGAUGCAAGUUCGAGAAAUAAUUCAACUCUUUCGACAACCUCUUCAUCGACGGUAAUGAAUAACAGUGGCGGAUCACGACCGUUAAGUUUGGAGGAUUAUAAACGACGUAAGGGAUUGAUAUAG